GCUGCUCCUCUUUCCCCCGCCGCCGCAGUUGACUCGUUGGGCUAUCGUAAGUCGGACAACACAGGUCUCUUGGCAACAGCAGCAUCAGCAUCUCAGUUGCAUCUGGUCGGCGAACACAUAGUCUGUGCUGGAAAUGGCCAUCUGUCGAAUGGUGGCGGUGAUGUCUCCUUCUCAGUUGACGAGUGGUCCAAUGAUAUGGAGCUGGACCAAUGUGUAAAGGCUACAUGCAAGGCUGGCAAGCGGUAUCCCGUUUUCCAGAUUCGACUGUAG